AUGGACCGUUAUGCGAAGAUUCUGGGCAUUUCAGCCCUACUGAUGCAGGCUCUUCCCACCGCAGCACGUCCAGGGGUCCCCGGGUGGGAUGUAGGGAGCAACGUUGGGAUGGGAGCUGCGGGUAAUGUCAUGUUGGGUGACGACCAUGACGACGGUGGUUCCCCCUAUCAGUGCGGCAAUGGAGGAUUCGGUGAUCAUGGCGAUUAUGAUCACCAUGCUGUUCACACCACCGUGACGGAGCGCCACUGCCAUAAUACACAUCCGACGAUCACGGUGACCGAUACUCUCAUCGAGAGUACCACCCAAUGCACUGCAACAUACACAGACGUGAUGACCCUUACUGUUGACGGCCCAACUUCAACCGUAACUCGAACGACAGCCGGCCCAAUUGUGACCUCUACGGUGACAACCGGGGCCGCGACUGUGACCCUGCCAGAGUCCACGGAGACCUUGACCAUCUAUGACACCACCACUGCUACAGAUACCUCCACAAUCACCGAUUAUGAAGUUAUGACCUCAACCCAGACCAUCACUCAGACGGAUACUCUCGAAAUCACUACCACUGUGACCUCUGAAACUUGCACACCAACUGGCGGUGGUGGUGGCAACACUAUUGACUAUGGCACUUGCUCGGACCCGUACAUUCUUUACGAGUAUGGUCUAGAUGGCCGCACGGACUACUCUUAUACCAACCGCAACCAAGCUGAUUUCCCCUUCGGCUCUUCGCCGACUAUUGACAGCCCCGAAGAUCUAAUCUGCAACCGUCUGCGUAGCCCGUGCAAUGCCCCCCAGGCGACGAUUGACCUAUGCUAUGAAGCUGAGGAUGCGACGCGCGACCUGUCUGGUCAGGAGGCUGCCGAUGUGUGGAACUCGAUUAUGACCUAA